AAUGUCAAUUUUGACAAGGAAGGAAACUAUAAAAAAAAAGGAAAAAUCUCGGAAAAAUCAUGCUUUAGUUGACUGGUAAAUAGAUUUGACCGGGUUCUAACCGGAAAUCACGAACCGGGUUCACCUACUAUAUAAACACACACCUACACAAGUUGUCUCCAUACAUCAUCAUCAUCUUCUUCACAGGCCUUCUCAUUUCAUCUCCGUCUCUGCAGAUAACUCUCUCUCUCUCGCCGGAUUUUUCAUUUCACCUGCAGAGCUCACGAUCUUAUUCAAUGGCGUCGAGAAACUCCGUAGCCGGAUUCGCGUUAUUCACAUUCGUAUUCGCCGUCUUCUCGUCUCUCGCCGGCGCUCAAACCCUAGCUCCCGCUCCUGCUCCCACGAGUGACGGGACAUCGAUAGAUCAAGGGAUAGCGUAUUUGCUAAUGGUGGUGGCGCUCGUGCUCACUUACCUAAUCCAUCCUCUCGAUGCAUCUUCUUCCCUCAGCUUCUUCUGAUUUUUUUUUUUUUAGUUUCAUUUUGAGCUAUUGUUGUGGAUAACAAACAGUCUCUAAGAAGAGUCUCUCAUGAUUUGUGCUGCUAUUAUGAUGAUGAUGAUGAUGAUGAUUCCUGGGGAUUGAACCUCUCUCUCUAUUGUUUUCCAUCAAUCAUAUUGUUUGUUUGUUUAUAAUCUUUUAUAUUUAAUUUAUUCUUAUUCAUAUA